GUAUAUAGAAUCGGCGAACGGUGUCGGAUGGCCCAAUGGUAUCGGUGGUCGGUAGCGUGUGGCGUCAGUACAUAUACGAGGGGCGCAGCUUGCAGGCACGGGACAAUGCGGCGUUACGAAACGCACACCUGCUCCGUCGGGGCUUGGGGCCGGCCAGCCGGCCGAACCUGGCUUCGGGGGCCGGCCCAUUUACCCCCGACCAUUUACGGAAAGUACCGUGGACGAUAUAAAACUGGUGGGUCGGCAUGUGCUCGGGCCAGUGAGCUUCCGACAUUCGUGCAUCGCGGGCGGGCAGACUUGUUGUUGUGGAGUGUGUACGUUGAACAUUUUUUUUUCGGAAAACGCAAGCGAUAUAUUUCAUAGGUGUAAAAUAGUCGAGAUAAUAAGAAUUUGCAAAAAGAUACGACGAAUAGUUAGAGUUAUCGUUAGCCCGCGCCUGUUGGGGGCGGACAACUUGUCGGUAGUUCACGGUUAAAAUAUGACCGGUGAAGCAUGGUUGUUUCGCGUAACGUUCGUCCUCGUGCUGUUGCUCGGGAGUAUCUGUGCCAAAGACGAGGACGUUUCCGACGCGAUACGAUCGCUACAGGAGCAAGUCAACGCUCUUCUGGACCAUAGACAACAGGAUUACAAUGCCCUCGAGGGAAGUCUGAAGCGAGCGAUGGAGAAGAACACAGAAUUAUUCGUUCUGAAGAACGAAGUCAAACAACUCAGGAAAGAGGUGAACGCGUUGCGCGGCGGAAACGGGAACGAGGCGAAAAACGAACGAUUACGGGUCAGAUGGCUGGGAAGCGCGGUGACCGAGCUUCAAGGGGAGGUCGCCGAAGUUCUGAGGACCAGAAACGCAAGUGAGGAGCUGGCUGAGAGAUCUCGAAUGAGAGGCGAGCUCGCGAUGCUGAAGGGGGACGUGGCGGCGGUUGGUAAAGGAAUUCGAAAUCUUGGCGGUCGAAUCGCCAAGCUCGAAGCGGUCCUGGGCACGAUUCGCGUUGAUAUCACGGCGGUCAAGGAACGCUUCAGCCUGCUAUCUCGCACCUGCGCCGACAUUGCCAGUCAGCUCAGCGCGGUCCAAAUCGAGGUGAAAUCUGUUGGUUGCCAAUCGUCGACAGAUUCCAGCAACACGAUGACAGGCAGACGGGGCGAGCAAUCGGAAGGUAGAUCGGUCGCCGCGAGCUGGGAGAACGAUCGACGAAACAAUAUCGACACGGUGUAUGCGGAUCGUAACGCGGCGACGAUUCACCAUCGACUCGCCAGGCGGCACGGUUAUUCGCGACAUGGCGAUGAGCAUCGUCGUGUCCGCGUCGAGGACCGUCUGAAAAGCUUGGAACGCCGUGUCUCUAUGUUGUCGUCGCAGCGUCGGGCUAUGCUGGACGCGAAACACAUCGCGUACGAGUCCCAAGAAUUGCCGACCAGUAUAAUAAAACGUGUGAAGAGCUUGGAGAAGAAUCAGGCGGAAUUGUCGCAAAGAAUCGCGAACGUCAGCGAAAACGCGGUCUCGACGAAGAAUAUCGGCGAGUCGAUCGGGUCGCGGGUGCUCGGUUCGCUGCGAGCUCUCGAGGAGGUCGUCGAGUCGAACAACACUGUGAUCAAACGGGAACUGGUACGACUGGGCGUGAACGCUGCACGGAAAGCGGCCGAGCUUUCGUUGACCCGCGAGGAACUGAGCAACCUGCGCCGCCGUUCAGGCGUUGAGCGUCAGCGCGUCGAAAUUGCAAGAGAAAAACGAUCAGUGGCCAGCCAGUCACCGCCGCCAACAGCACCGAACCAGCUCGAAUUCGCGUUAGAGCUGGAACUCGAGAAACUCGAGGAUCGGUAUCAUUUGAUCGUGGACAGACUGCCGGCCAGUUGUGAGGAACGAUCCACGGACGAUCGAUCGGACAGGGACGGGCUCAGGCUUGUGGAACCGGGUCAAGGACGUAGACCGAUGUUGGUUUACUGUCGCGAGGGAUGGAUCGUUGUUGCGCGUCGUACCGACGGUACCCUCGAUUUCGACCGUACAUGGAACGAUUACGCCCUCGGUUUCGGUUCGCCGGUCGGCGAAUACUGGAUCGGCAACGGGAUCCUGCACGAGCUCACCAGGGACAAUUGCACGAGGCUUCGAGUCGACUUGUUAGACAUAUACGGCGAACGCUGGCAAGCCGAGUACGAUUCAUUCGCGAUCGACUCACGGGAGACCGGGUACAGACUGCGUGUCGGUGGUUACACGGGGAACGCGACAGAUGCACUUUCCUAUCAGAACGGGAUGUCGUUCAGCGCCAAGGAUCGCGACAUGGACGACAGCCCGGUUCACUGUGCCGGGAACUACCACGGUGGAUGGUGGUUCAGCCGUUGCCAACACGCGAAUCUGAACGGCAAAUACUCGUUGGGACUGUCCUGGUUCCGUUCCGACACCAGCCAAUGGAUGUCGAUCGCUUCCUCGGAGAUGUCCGUGCGCAGAAACCCGGACUGUCGACGAUCGCGGUAACGACUCGACGUCGGACAAUUUUUUUUCUUGUGAUACCAAAGACUGUUUGUUGUUCACGGUUAACCACGAGAUCGGAGGCGUUCGAUCGUUUCGCCUAUCGACGUCUGUAUACACUCGUCAAUACCGAGAUUUUCUAACCCCUUGAAAUUAACGGUAGAACGCGACGACGACAUUCGAUGGCGCCAUGCUCGCGUCUCUCGGUCUCGAAUCUACGUUAGACCGCAACGAAAUAAACAUUGUUUUUUUUGUA